GGGCGGGGACCCCUGCCCCCAGAUGCCCCCUGCCGCCAGAGGGACCGUGUGCGGGGACACAGCCCCCUCGGCGCCCAGCCGGCACUCACUCACCUUCCCUCCCCUCCCCCGGGCACCCCAGACAGCCUCAGGUCUCCCUUGAUUAUCUUCGUGGUGGGCGGCCCGGGCUCUGGCAAAGGAACACAGUGCAGGAACAUGGCCGCCAAAUACGGCUUCUGCCACGUUGGGCUGGGCCAGCUGCUGCGCCAGGAGGCCCAAAGGCACACGCAGCGGGGCCGCCGGAUCCGGGAGAUGAUGCUGCAGGGGCAACUGGUGCCCACGGGCAUCGUCCUGGACAUGGUCAACGACAACAUGCUGUCCCGCCCGGAGAGCCGGGGCUUCCUCAUCGACGGCUUCCCCCGGGAGCUGCAGCAAGCCAAGGAGUUUGAGCGCAUCGUGGGCCGGGCCCCCAGCGUCGUCAUCGUGUUUGACUGCUCCAUGGAGACCAUGGUGCGGCGUGUGCUGCGGCGCGGGCAGCUGGAGCACCGGGCGGACGACUGUGAGCCGGCCAUCCGCCGGCGCCUGGAGACUCACUACACCUCGUGCGAGCCGGUCCUCACCUUCUACCAGCACAAGAACCUGCUGCGCCACAUCUUGGCGGAAGACGCGCCAGGGAGCAUUUUCGCCAGGUGCUGCUCUGUCAUCGAGAGUCUGCAGUGAGCGCGGAGCGGCUGGGGGAGGUGAGGCCCUGGCGUGUGAGCUCAGCGGUGGUUCCGGUCCCCUGGCCUGCCCCAGCAGGCCCCACGCGGAGGGGAACCCUGUGGGCAUCUGGCUAUCCGGAGCCUCCAGGGGUGCACCCCGAGCCACAGCGCCGGCGAAGGCCAGGCAGGGCUGUGUCCAUGGGAACGCCGGUACCUAGGGACCCUCGCAGGUGCCUCCCUGGUUCUGGGAGGAGGAAUGGGGUAGAGGAAGGCAGCCCUGGCCGAGCCCAGCCCCGGCCCCACCGAGCCCUGGUCCCCCCCCAACACAACUGCAGCCAACACCGAGUUGGGUUUUUUUUUAAACAAAAAGCACUUUAUUUAAUCAAAAAACAAAAAGGAAGAGAAGGCAAGGGGAGUUAAUAAAGCACAACGCGCCUGAAAAUACGAAACGGUUCUCUCACGUUUCUGUUUUCUUUGAAAAAAAAAAAAAAAAAAUCACAACACAAAGCUUGUCAUUGCAACGGGCACCCUCAGGCUUCACAGCGACAGAACAGACUACGGGGUGGCA